AUGGCCAACAUUAUUCUUACAAAUCUUCCUGAUGUUGCUAAACAGGAUGUUUCAACAGCUUUUAAUGGCACCUCCAAGGGGGGAGCAGAGUAUUGCUCUGUGGCUGAGGUGCCACUCGCCACCUGGAACCUGAGUUUGUCUCAAAGAAGAAGAUUGAAACGACGCAACACUAAGCGAUCUCAUUUGGGGGGUUUAAAGAAGAAAGGAAGACUCAACAGACAAGUACAAUUAGAAAAAGCCAUGGAGCAGGAAGGAUUAGCUGAUGAAGAUAAACAAAUGCGAAGAACACAACACGCUCAGAAAGAAACAGAAUUUCUUCGCCUCAAGAGGACGAGGUUGGGUCUGGAUGACUUUGAAUCUCUGAAGGUUAUAGGAAGAGGUGCAUUUGGGGAGGUACGCCUUGUACAGAAGAAGGACACUGGUCACAUCUACGCUAUGAAGAUCCUUCGAAAGUCGGAUAUGUUGGAAAAAGAGCAGGUGGCUCACAUUCGGGCAGAGCGGGAUAUCCUUGUGGAAGCAGAUGGUGCGUGGGUGGUGAAGAUGUUCUACAGUUUUCAGGACAAGAGAAACCUCUACUUAAUUAUGGAGUUUCUGCCUGGGGGUGAUAUGAUGACCUUACUCAUGAAGAAAGACACCCUGUCUGAGGAAGAGGCCCAGUUCUACAUUGCAGAGACUGUCUUGGCCAUUGACUGCAUCCAUCAGUUGGGUUUCAUUCACCGAGACAUUAAACCAGAUAACCUCCUGUUAGAUAGCAGGGGACAUGUGAAACUAUCGGAUUUUGGGCUGUGCACAGGAUUAAAGAAAGCUCAUAGGACGGAGUUCUACCGAAACCUCACCUGUAGCCCUCCCAGUGAUUUCACGUUUCAGAAUAUGAACUCAAAACGAAAAGCAGAAACGUGGAAGAAAAACAGACGGCAGUUGGCUUACUCCACAGUCGGCACUCCUGAUUACAUUGCCCCAGAAGUGUUCAUGCAGAAUGGAUACAACAAGCUGUGUGAUUGGUGGUCUCUGGGGGUCAUCAUGUAUGAAAUGCUGAUAGGAUACCCUCCGUUCUGCUCAGAAACCCCCCAGGAGACGUAUCGCAAAGUGAUGAACUGGAAGGAAACUUUGGUUUUCCCUCCGGAAGUGCCGAUUUCUGAGAAAUCAAAGAGCCUAAUUCUCAGGUUUUGCUGUGCAGCUGACAAUCGGAUUGGAGCUGGAGGGGUGGAAGAAAUUAAAAACCACCCCUUUUUCGAGGGGGUGGACUGGGAACACACCAGGGAGAGACCAGCAGCGAUUCCAAUUGAAAUCCGAAGUAUUGAUGACACUUCGAAUUUUGAUGAAUUUCCUGAAUCAGACAUCUUGCAGCCAGCGCCCAACAUGACUGACACGGAUUAUAAAUCGAAGGACUGGGUCUUCAUUAACUACACCUACAAGAGGUUUGAGGGCCUGACUGCUCGGGGAACGAUCCCAUCGUACAUGAAGGUGGGCAAGUCAUGAGGACUGCUGUGGUCACUGCGGCCUGUGUGCGUGUGUGUCUCUCUCUCCCACCACCCUGAGGACUCACUGUUACACACCCCCAAACGCCAGGUCACCCAGAGUUCUGCUGGAUUAGAAUUCCCUGCAGCUCAAUACCUACUUUUUAUUGGAACUUGUUCGUAGAACAAAGGAUGCCGCAUACUUGCUUGGGAUCGCUUCCCAGCCGGAGAAUUAAAACCAGCGGCCACUGUUGGAUGUUUUAAUUUAAUGUGUGUGUGUGUGUGUUGUAGUUGGGAUUCAGUGUUCCAAUAUGUGGCUAUGUUUAAGCUGCACGUGUGAGUGAAUGUGGUUGGAGUAUUUGCAGCUUGUUCUGUGAGAUCUGAAAUCUGGUGCAGUGUAGUAUCAAGAGCGUGUGUUGCGAGAUUGUGACUAUCUUGAAGCUGUGCAGCAGCUGUCAGGAAUAGAGUCCUACCCCCCCAUCCCCAGUCCGACUGAUUUGAAAUUCCCUGUCUGCUUUCGAUUCUCAUGGUCCUGGUAUUGAGCCCAGAGCCUUGACCCAGAUGGACAUUCCUUUUUGCAGCUCUGAGGGAGUGCUGGAUGAGAUGUUAACCGGAGGAUCCAGUCUGGCCUCUGGGCUAAGCCAGGAAAGGGCCUACGCUGCUACACUGAGGAAGAGCAGUGCAUGCUCCCCCACUGAAGUCCUGCAUCAAUAUAUUAUCUCUCAGUUGACAUGACUGAAAGAAAAGCUGGUCAUUCACCGCAUUGCUGUUCGUGGGAGCUUAUUAUGUACAAAUUGGUUGGCAUGUUUCCUACAUUACUACAAUAUCCCCAUCCUUCGUUGAUUGAGUCUUCCUGGAGUGGUGAAAAGUGCUAUAUAAAUGCAAGACCAUUUCCCUCUUUCAGCUCCCCUCCACACUGCCAGUUCCCUCCCACAAGGAAUGUACUCCUUUGUGUCUCUUUCUGUGGAGGGAGAGCAGAGAGUUCAAUGUCCCCCUCAAACACGAAACUCAUUAUCUUCCACAUUUGUGUAAUUGCAUCAGGGAAGCUGCUGUUUGCCAGGUCAGCCUGGACUCUCGUAAUAUUAUCUCCCAGUUUAAUUAAACAUCCAGAGUCAAGUUAAACUACAAAGAAAUACUCGCUGUGGGUGUGUUUUGUGUGUGGGUGGGUGUGUCUGUGCGUGUGUGUAAAACCUGUAGAAGUCUUGUUGCCAGGCCCUUUAGAUUGAGACAGUAUCUUCUGUUACUCUGUGUGACAUUGUGCCACUUUCGCGUGUAGCAGACUUCCAUUUCUUAUUUUAUUUUUAAAGAAAACCAAAGAUGA